AUGGCACCAGCGGCAGCCGCAUCACCAGCAGUACCUCCUUCAACAACAAGGGGGAAAGAGAGACAGGCUCCAGCACACAGUCGAGGCCGAGCUAGGAGCGCCCAAACUGAGAGUGGCCCUUCAGAGCCUAUUCUGAGCGAGGAUGAUACUGAGACCAACGAGGUCGAGGAGGCGGUGAGUCAGCAUUCAGAGUCAUCAGAGAGCGGAGACGAUGACGCUGGCUCAGGUUCUGCUAGUGGCGAUGAUGCUGAGUCAAGUUCUGAGGCAAAGGGCGACGAUGACUCUGGUUUCAGUUCUGCUUCGGCAUCUGGUUCAGAUAGCGGCGUUGAUAGAGACAGCUCUACAAAGUCCGCUCCGCCGAGGAAGAGGACGAAGAGGGCCUCUAGAGAUUGA